AAGCAUUAGAACGUAACGGUUUCUGUGGCGAGCGACAGUUAUUUCAAACGGUCCAUUGGAAAGAGAGCGAGCAUCAGCCUGUGGAGCAUCCCGCUGGGUGCACAGCGUGUCAUGGACGCAGUGAAGGAGGGUCAUAAGAGCACCAUGAGCUCGGGCAAGAUGGUGGCCCUGGCUGCAGGGCUUUCUGUCGGGGCCACAGUGGGCUACAUCGUCUAUCGCCAUAUAAGCAGCACCAACAACAACAGUAAGGGGCCAAACACCGAGGUAUCCAAGAUGACACUUCCAGUAGAAGUUUACAGGAAUAUAUCCAGAUACCAAGCCAAGUUCCUGGACAUGGUGACCCAGAAGUCUGGAGCUCAUGUGAGGGUUUUGUCAGAUUCAGGGGAGCCUGGAUGUAAGAAGACUGUAUGUUUCCUGCUGCAGGGCUCGAAGGAACAAGUCUUGCUGGCCCGCUGUGUCCUGGAGAACCUGGUCACUGACUGUGAGCUGGUGUCUGAGGAUUUGGAAGUUCCUCAAACGGCCUUUGGACGUAUAAUAGGCCGUGGAGGAGAAAGUUUGAAACUGAUCACCAGGACCACAGGGGCUAAUGUGUCUUGUUCUAGAGAGAAGCAGCAUGUUCCUGGAGCCAAGGGGAACAUGACCAUCACAGGGACCAGACAGGAAGUGGAACAGGCCAAGGAGCUUAUUCUUGAAAAAGUAAGAGAGGACAUGAUGGUGAGGGCGAAGAUCUCUCAGUCUUCGGCCCUGCGGGAGAAACGAGGCCACACUCCUGUGAAUGAGAAGCCAGACAGCACAGAGACUACUGCACCUGUGGGCUUAAACAACAACGGUCCUUACUCCCAGACAGAGAAAAACGGGCUCAUCCUCACCAAUGGGACCGCGGGAGAAGCAGAAAAUAUUUUUGACAAGAUUGAGAAGCUUGAUAUCUCCACCACAGACAGCAAGGACGAAGACGGGAGUCUCUCUACAGACUCUUUCUCCGAAAUUUCCAAAUUUGAAAUUCCCAGCCCAGACCUGAGCUUCCAGCCUGAUGAACAUCUGGAGGUUUAUGUUUCUGCGUCGGAAAACCCGAACCACUUUUGGAUCCAGAUCCUGGGAGUCCGUUCCCUUCAGCUGGACAAACUGACAGAAGAGAUGAACCGCUUUUACAACGGUGGCAACCCAAACAGGGUGGAGACCAUUGUGGUGGGGGACAUUGUAGCGGCUCCAUACCACGACCGUGGUACGUGGAACAGGGCCAGGGUGCUGGGAGUCCUGGCCUCCGGACUGGUGGACCUUUACUAUGUUGACUUUGGGGACAACGGGGAGCUGCCCAGAGAAAGCCUCUGUCGUAUGAGGAGUGACUUCCUCAGCUUACCAUUCCAAGCUAUUGAGUGCAACUUAGCAGGAGUGAGACCAAAAGGAGAGGUGUGGACUGAGGAAGCCCUGGAUGAGUUUGAGCAGCUGACAUAUUGUGCUUCCUGGAGACCGCUGCAGGCCAAACUCUGCAGCUACUCUCACUCUGAGGUCUCCUCCUGGCCCACCGUCAAGCUCUACGACAACAGUGUGGGCAAGCCUGUAGAUAUCGGGGAGGAGCUGGUACGUCUGGGCCAUGCUGUCAGCUUCCAGGAGCCAUUAAACGGAAGGACUGAGGGGGAAAAUCUCGGCUGUCUACAGAGGAUGCUGGAUGAUGUGAUAGGAGCAUCAUCAGAGCAAAGUCUCUCCUGUAUCAGCUUAUCAGAAGCGGCUUCAAUCUCAGGAAGCGUUGAUGACGUCGUAGAAGAUGAUCUGCUCUGAGACCAAAGACAUAAACUUCUAGCACUGACCAUCCACUGCUCAGCAUCAGUUCAACUGACAUGGAGACAUUUCCUCGUAUGACCCAAACUCAACCGCAUACGUCCUCAUUCAGCCUUACUGACAGUUCCUUCAGUCAUAUCCACUGUAUCGUUGUUACUUCAGUACAUUUGUUAUGUUUUGCCUUUAAGCUGUUCUGUUGUACCAAAUGCUACUCCACUUAUAUGUUGUUGCAAUAUUUUUCUGUUCAAGAAAUGAAGAGGAACAAAACUAGAAUGCCAUUAUUAUUUUUGAAAAGCACUGUGUUGAACCAUAAGGCAGCUGGAUAGCUAACAUUGUCAACAUUGUUAUUUUCCUCUAUUUAUAUGUAUAUUAGAAUUUAAUGGCUUAUGUAUCGGGCUUCACAAGUUAUUAUAUUUUGAAAAUGAAACCAUAAAGUAUUAUUAGUAUUGAAUGUGGCCUGCAGAUUGUGUUCAUUCUAACAAUGUGGGAUCUACUGUACCAUCACCAAGGACAAAGUUGUAGUUUGUAUUCAGAGGUGUUAUAGACUGCACUAUAUAUAAUAAAGGAUUUAUUUUAUGUCA